AUGUCCUUCAUCCUAGUCAAACUCCUCAAAAUAGGCGUCAACGAAGCCAAAAAGCGUCAUAAAACUAAGAAAGAAGAACAAAAAUUCCAAGCCGCCGCCGCAGCUGGCUUCUCCCAAUACAACAACGACCAAUACCCAAUGAGCGCGUACCCAACCGGCGCCGUUCCAGGAACAACAAUGCACUUCGAAAGCGCCCCCGAACCAAUGAGCAAACGCGCAAAGCUAAGCUUCAUGUUCAUCUCGGCGCUCCGCUUUCUCCAAUUUGUCUUUGGCCUCACCGUCAUCGGCCUCUACGGCAAAGACGAGCACCACGACCACUCAGAGAAACAUAUCUGGCGCUCGCAGUGGGUGUACGCGCUCGUCACAGGGUUCCUGGCUACAGCUACUGCGGGUGUGCACCUUGUCAUGCCGUUCCUGAUGCGUCGUGUGAAGAAUGCCUCUGGGCCUAAUGUUGCGUUGCUGUUGCCGCAGUUUGGCUGGGAGUUUGUUGUUACUGUGCUUUGGUUGGCGCUUUUUGGUGUUUUCGGGAAGCUGUAUAUUGGCGUUUAUGCUGUUGAGAGUUCCGGUUCUGGAUCUGGCUCUGGGAAGAGGGAUGAGGCUGUUACUUCGACUGCUCCUUCUAGUCUUGGUGAUGCGUCGAAGAUUACCCGUAUGCGCCAUGCUGUCUGGAUUGAUGUUAUUAACCUUGUUUUCUGGGUUAUUACCUCUUCUUGGGUUUUGAUGCGCUGGUUGAAGAGUCGGCGGGCUGCUGCCACUGAGGAUGUUGUUGAUGAUGCUGAGAAGGGGAAUAAGUUUUAG